AUGUACUUACUCGUCUAUGUUGAUGAUCUUAUUCUCACCGGAAAUCAAUCUACCUUACUUACCUCUUUAAUUCAAAGACUUAACUCUGAAUUUGGGAUUAAGGACUUGGGGAAUCUCACAUACUUUCUAGGUUUAGAAGUAACUCAUAUGGAUUCUGGGAUUGUUAUAAAUCAGUCUAAGUAUGCUAUUGAUAUUUUAACUCGUGCAAAGAUGUUGGAUGCCAAACCGACUCCAACACCUUUAAGCACAAAUGUUUCUUUUGUCUCUGCAGGUACACCUUUUUCAAAUCCAACUCACUAUCGUUCUAUUGUUGGUGCUCUUCAAUAUUUGACCAUUACAAGACCAGAUCUUUCCUAUGCGGUGAAUCAAGUCAGUCAGUUCUUGCAAGCACCUACCAUUGACCACUUUCAGGAAGUCAAGCGUAUUCUACGCUAUCUUAAAGGAACGGUUUCUUAUGGUCUUCAUUAUAAUCAGGUUCAGUCUCCAUCGAUCAUUGGAUACUCUGACGCUGACCGAGCGCGGUGCCUUGAAACAAGACGAUCCACCUUUGGCUACUCUGUGGAAAUCUCAUCUCUUGGUGUGCUAAGAAACAAGCAAAAGUUGCUCGUUCAAGCUGCGAGUCGGAGUACCGGGCUAUGGCUCAUGUGGCAGCAGAAAUUAUUUGGCUUACUCAUCUAUUACAAGAACUUCGGGCAUUACCACCUUCAAGACCUACCUUGUUAUGUGACAACCAAAGUGCCCUGUUCAUGA